CACGUUGUCCGAACUGAUAACCCAGCAGCACACACACAGCUAACAUUCUGCUAACUAAACAUACAUAAUGAGCACAUUUUGGUAUGCUCUGCUACUCAUCAUUGUCUACUAUUCACAGACUAUCAAUGGUAUUGAACGACCCAAAAAAGUAUUGGUUUUUAUGCCAAUUAGUGGACAUUCUCAUCUUAAAUUCAUGGGAACAAUUGCUAAUAUAUUGCAAGAUGAAGGAUAUAAUGUGACCCUUCUGUUGCCGAUUCUUGACGAAGGACUUCGGGAUACCACUCCACUUGUUAGAAAAAUAAAAAAUCGAAUUCUCGUCGAACAAAGUGAGGAACUCAUUGAAGCAAAUGCCCAGUUCAGAGCUGGAGGAGGCCGCGAAAAUACGUGGGUUAUGAACUCGGGAAUCAUUGGAUUUUUGAAACUCGGAACCAAGGUAGCCAACAUUUGCAAAGCUUCCUGUAAAAAUGUAUUCCAAAAUGAGGAUCUCAUCAACUACCUUCGCGAUCAACGUUUUGAUGUAGCUAUCUCAGAGCCUCUGUACACUUGUGGAUUUGCUCUUUUUGAUCAUCUUGGAAUUGAAACAACAAUCUCCACCGAUUCCCAUCUUGGUCUAGAAGUUUCAAAAAUUGCACACGGAGCAUCUAUUUCUACUAGCUACCUGCCUGCUGUAUUUUCAAGUGGAUCUGAAAGAAUGACAUUAAUCGGAAGAGCCAAAAAUUAUGUAGAAUCUUACUUCAAUUAUUACUUUAACAGUAAAAUCUACGAGAACGAAUUGGCAGGAAUUGAAGGAAUCUACAAGAAUGGAAAAGGAUGGAGAGAAUUGUCAAGAAAGAAUGCAUAUAUGUUUGUCAACAGUAAUCCACAAAUGGAUAUUCCAAGUCCCCGCACAUCAAAGUUCAUUGAAAUUGGAGGAAUCUCAUCUGGGCCAGUCAAACAAGAACGUCUUCCUGAAGAGUACGAUAGAGUUUUGUCACUUCGCAAAAAAAAUGUUCUCAUUUCAUUUGGUACUAAUGCAAAGUCAAUGUUUAUGUCAGAUGACAUGAAAGAAUCACUCAUCAAAACCUUCGAGAGUAUGCCUGACACCACUUUUAUCUGGAAAUACGAGAACACAACUGUCGAUAUUGUGAAACAGUAUAAUAAACGAAUCAAUAAUGUGAUGCUUACUGAUUGGAUGCCACAAACUGCACUUCUAGCCGACCCAAGAUUGACUCUUUUUGUUACUCAUGGUGGAUUGGGAAGUACAAAUGAAGUUGCAUUCAGUGGAAAACCAUCGAUAAUGGUUCCAGUUUUUGGUGAUCAAACGAGAAACGCAAGAAUGUUGGAGAGACAUGAAGUUGCAUUGGUUCUCACGAAAUACGAUCUCACUAACUUUAAAAAAGUCAGAGGAACUAUCAGAAAAAUGCUGAACGAUAAGAGCUAUUCCAUGAAAGCUGAGAAAUUGGCGCAAAUGUUGAGAAAUCAGCCAGAGUCACCAAAGGAGAUAUUUAUCAAAUAUUUCAACUUUGUUGCUAGAUUUGGAAAACCACAUGGACUUGAUUCAUAUGCAGCUGAAAUGAGCUUCAUCGAGUUCUACUAUAUCGAUUUUAUGGCAAUCCUUUCAAUUUUCUCGGUUGCUUUGUACAUGAUCGUUUCGAAGGUUCUAAGAGCAUCCCAUAACUUGACUAAUUUGGUUUCGAUCAAGUUUAAGUUUGAUUAAUUUGUUCUAAAAUUAUGUGUGAUCAUUCAAUCGUAUACUACGUUUUUUGUAGUUUUUUGUAGUUUUUUGUUGUAUUUUAUAUGGGUAUUUGACACUGUCAUAAUAAUAAACUAAUUAUAAUUUA